UUAGGGCAAUGAAAACACUCUGUAUGAUAGUCUAAUAAUGGAUACCUGUUGUUAUACAUUUGUUCAAACCCAUAGAAAGGACAACAUCAACAGUGAACCUUAAGGUAAGUUAUGGGAAAAGUUAAACACAAAGGAAAGACUAAGAGAGGAAAGAAAGGACAAAAAUGUCACAACACAUACAAAAAACAUGUAAUAAAAUAGCGAUAGUAAAAUCAUUCCCCAUCAGUAAUUACUUUCAGUGCAAGUGGAUUGCCCUACCCAAUCAAAAGGCAUAGAUAGGCAGAACAGAUGAAAACACCUUUAGAUCUAAGGACACACAUAAGUUGAAAGUGAAAGAUGGAAAAAGUUAUUCCAUGCAAAUAAUAACCAAGAGAACAGGGGGCUACGCUAAUAUUGGGCAAAAUAGUCUUUAAGUAGAAAACAUAAGAGACAAAGAAGGACAUUAUAUAAUGAUAAAAGGAUCAAGUUACAAAGAUGUAAUAAUUAUAAUAAACAUGUAUACACAAAACAUCAGAGCUCCUAAAUAUAUGAAGCAAAUAUUGAAAACUCUAGGAAGAAAUAGCUCUACAAAAGUAGUUGGAGUCUUAAGUAUCCUACUUAUAAUAUGGACAGAACAAUCAGUCAGAAGAUCAAUAAGGAAAGAAAAACUUGAACUAUGCUACAAACUAGUUGGACCUAACAGACAUUUAUGGAACACUCAAUUCCGCAAUAGUAGAAUGUAUAUUCUCAAGUGCACACGGAACAUUCUCCAGGACAAACUCUACUGUUGACUAUCUCUAGGCCAUCUAUAACAAAGCCAAGAUCCAAGUAAGGAGACAGAACUGAUAGAUUAGGGGUAUGUAUACUAAAGCAGAUAUUGUGUAUGUAAGAAUUUUACCUCAUUGAAAAUAUGUAUCUGAUAGAAAAAGUACAGUGAGUUGGCCCAUCUUUCUUAAGAUCAAUGGGCAAAAUUUGUGAAUCUAAUUCAUUCUUGCAAGAAGGAAAAAUGGUUAAUAUGGCAUAUUGCUGGAUGACUUUAGACCCCAAUGAGAGUUUUCCCAAAGGAUUCCCUAUAAAAUGAGAUAGUUAAGGUAAAAGUUAAAAUUAUUUAAAAUAAAAGUAAAAGUAAUAUAUAAAACUAAAACUUGAUUCACUGAGAUAAAAAACAUAGAUAGGCUCCCCUCAGGGGCUUAUUUAAGGAGAAGAAAGAUAAAACAAGUUAUAUAAUCUUAGGGAUUAGAAAGAGGAUAUAAACACAGAUGAAGACAAUAAAGCAGAAGAUCAUAUAUGAAAAACUAUGGACAAAAAUGCAAAAAUGUUAUAGGAGUUGAAAUUAUCGUCUUAGCUCAGGUCCUAUUCUAAUGGCUCUGUUCUGUUUUACUGAAAAGGAUUUCUGCUUGAAAAUUGAAUGGCUGCUGGGAAAAUGAACAUCAGUAUUGAUUUGGGAACUAACUAUGCUGAGCUGGUUCUAGCUGUGGGAAGAGUCACUCUUGGAGAAAAGGACAGAAAAAAUAUGAAAGAUUGCUCACCGAGAAAAAAGCAGAAUGGAAAAGUCUUACAAGCUCUGGGCACUUUGCUAAAUUCUGGCGGGGGAAUAAUCAAGGCUGAAAUUAAGAAUGAAAACUAUAGUUACCAAAAAGGUGGAAUAGAACUAGAUUUGGAAAAUUCUAAAUGUUUUCAGAUUUUUGUCAAAUCAUGGGGCUCAAAAACCUCUGGUUUGCCAAUUACCACCUUGAGCUCCAAUUUAUAUAAAAGAGAUGUGACAUCUGCAAACGUCAUGAGUGCAGCGGCUGCUCUGGAGUUCCUGAAAGACAUGAAAGAAACUGAAGGGAGACUUAGUUUAAGAUCCAGAUUGCAUCCAAACAGGACCCAUAUGUAUGUACAAGAGGAAUGCAACAUGGAGGACUUGGCUGAUGACUUUUUUGACAGGAUGCAACUUAAAUACAGAGAAAAACUUGCCUUUACGGAAUCCACAAACAUUGAAAUGAAAUACUUCUCAACAGAAAAGUUGGUAGAAUUCAUAAUUCUCCCUCAUUAUGUCUCUGUAUUUGCAAAUACUGAUGGGGAAUAUUUGUUUAUUGGUUUAGAUGAAGAUAAGCACAAAGUAAUUGGCUUUAAAGCAGAGAUUAAUGAUCUUGACAAGCUAAGAAAAGAAAUAGAAAACCCCAUUAAGAAGUUAACUGUCUUAGUUCUCUAAAGAAAUUCAGAUGGCCAACAGACACAUGAAAAGAUGCUUCACAUCACUUGUCAUCAGAGAAAUGCAAAUUAAAACCACAAU